AUUGCAUUGUCUUGUGAGUUGUAACUUGUAAGAAUCAGUAACAGUUUUAUCGACGGCGAUGCGCGAGGUACUGUUAUCUACAAUUUACUGUAUAUUUUUAAUUUUGUAAAACCGUUUAUUCGUGUAUGUAGUUUAUACUAUUCUAUGUUUUCCAUUUUGUGGUCAUUUGACAGUUGAUUUUGUUCUUGAUUGUUACUAAACUGUUGUUUAAGGUAUUUUACUACUACGAUUUUUCGGUAUUUUACAAAGUAGUCAAACAAUUCAGCUACGACUUUUUAUUACUUAUUCAUUGUUAUUUAUAAUUAACAUUUAUUAAAUCAAUAUUUAAUUAAUUAAUUAUUUAAACGUUUUUACUCGUCGUCAUGUCAGAAAGCAAUAUCGAAAAUGAGACUAUCAAAACAAAAAACGUCAGAUCUAUAAAAUCUUUUUUUUUUGCGCCUAAAAAGAUAAAAUUGGAAGUAAACAAAGCAUCUAAUUUUGAUUCUCCUUCUGAUGCAAUAAAUUCGAAAACUACAAAUGUAAAUAAAAAUAUUCAUCAUUCGACUGUAAUGACGAUUGAACAUGAUACAACUAAUGCAGAGUUUUCAAAAUCAUUUAAAAAUAAUACAAAUGAACAACCUAAUCAAGAACUUGAAAAAUCAAAUUAUUCAUCUUCAUCUAGUACCUGUAGUAGUGUUGACUUAUGCAGUUCAAGCUAUGAAAGUGCUGAUGAAAUUGAUGAAUCUAUUUUUACAAACUGUGAACCAGAAUUAGAGUACAUAGUCAAGCCUCAAAGCCUUCGUACAGUUCCUGGUCCUUAUGAUAUUUCACAAACCAUCGAUGAAGAGCCAUAUCAACCAAAUUUAAAGAACUAUCCUAAGACUACCUAUGGUACUGGCCGGACAAAGAGGACCAGAAGUUUUCAAUUUUGUUGGUAUGAGCAAUUUAAGUGGAUAGAAUAUAGUCAAAGUGAAAAUGCUGUAUAUUGUUUUCCUUGUAGGUUUUUUUCACUUAAACAAAAGAACGAUAGUGAUAGUAUGUUUAUAAGUACAGGUUACACUAAUUGGAAAAAUGCAAUGUCUAGUAGGGGUUUUUUGAGACAUGAUAAUAGUGAUGAACAUAAAAACUGUACUAUUUCAUGGGUAGAAUUUAAAAAAAACAAAUUAAACAAGACUUCAGUGUUAUCAAAAUUAAAUAAUCAUCAUGCUAGUAUUGUAAUUGAAAAUAAAAAAUAUAUGGAAGCAAUAAUAAUUUCUUUAAGAAUGUUAGCUAUUCAGGGUAUUGCCUUCCGUGGACAUCUUGAAAAUGAAUCUAGUAUAAAUCAAGGAAAUUUCUUAGAGUUGAUGAAAGUUAUUUCUCUUUUUGAUAAUGUUGUUAAAAAGAAAAUUAAUGGCCCAAAAAAUGCUAGGUAUCUUCAUCAUUCAAUACAGAAAGAAUUAAUUCACAUCAUGGCUAGUAUGAUAAUAAAUAAAAUAUCUUCUGAACUAGACAAAUCUAUGUAUUUUGCAAUAAUGAUAGAUGAAACUAAGGAUAUUACAAAAACUGAACAAUUAUCAGUUGUCGUUAGAUAUUAUUAUAACAAUGAAAUUAAAAAGCGAUUUUUAGGGUUUACUCCACUAAAAAAUUUAGAUGCAAACACAUUAUUUAAUCAUAUUCAAACAUAUGAUGGAGCUAAUGUUAUGAGAGGCUCAAUUAAUGGAGUUCAAGCUUUAUUUAAAAAUAAAGUUCCUCAUGCUGUUUAUAUUCAUUGCCACAAUCAUCGUCUUAAUUUAGUUCUUGUAGAUGUAGCAAAAAAUGUUGAUGAAUUCAUUGAGCUUCAAAAACAAAUUUUAAAAAUUCCAAAACCAAUUGAACUUAAAAGAUUAUGCCUUACUCGUUGGUCAUCUCAAAUUCAUACAUGUCGAGCUGUUAAAGCUACCUUGGAAGUUAUACUGUUGUUAUUAUAUAAGAUUUCAAAUAAAAAAGUAUGCGUUCCUCAGAAGCUACUGGUUUACUUAAGAACAUAG